AAUAUAAGUUUGAUCCAUCUAUCAUCACAGGACCAUUUUUUGCAAUUUGCUAUAUCAGUUGCAGCUCCUACUGUCUAACAACUACGCUGAAGCAGAAGGUCUAGAUAAGGAGUUCUUCUCUUCAGGCAAAAAAAAAAUGGAGGAUUCGUUGGAGAAUUGGAUUUCACAGUUGGAAAUGGAAGAAUAUCAUGAUGGGUCAUUUGAUGAGGAAGAGUUCCUAAGAGAGAUCCUUAAGGAGGAGCAGCAGCCAGAAAAUUUGUGGCCUCAAAGAGAUCAAAAGCUCUCCAACACCAGCCCCACUAACAGCACUGUGUCCUUUGAUGAGGCAAUUAGCUUUUGUGGGAGUGGCACUCUACAUAAAAGCAACAGCUCCAACUCCAUCAAGUCUUUGAAAAGAUCAUCAUCAAGUGUCUCACCAGCCACCACUACAUACCUUCUUUCUUUUGAUACCUCAAGUGCUAAACCAAUCACACUUAAACCUUCCCCUAAGCUUGAUUUGGCACUUGGAUCAUCCAAUAAAAGGAGUACUAGUACUGUAACUGUGGUGAAAGAUGGGUGUGAAUUUGAACCAUUGAUGAUGCCCCAAAGCCAAGCAAGGAAGAAGGUUAGAAGGUCAUGUGAGACACAGCAUCACAUUAUUGCUGAGAGGAAAAGGAGACAGGAACUGACAGGGAGCAUUAUAGCACUUGCAGCAGCUAUUCCUGGGCUCAAGAGGAUGGACAAGGCUUAUGUGCUUCGUGAAGCUGUCAAUUACACAAAACAACUUCAAGAGCGAGUUAAAGAGUUGGAAAAUCAAAACAAAGUAGAUUCAGCAACAUUCAUAAGGAAAUCUCAAGCUUCCUCACAUUGUGAAACGAACAAAGAAAUAUCACUAUUUGAGGUUGAAGCAAGAGUCUUAGAUGAGGAAGUACUCAUUGGAAUCCAUUGUGAGAAACAAAAGGACAUAGUGUUCAAAAUACAUGCCUUGCUUGGAAAGCUCCAUCUCUCUACAACCAGUAGCACCGUACUGCCAUUUGGGACUUCUACUCUUAUAAUCAACAUUAUUGCUCAGCUAUUAUGCAGAUGAAUGGCGAAAACAGCAUGACCAUGCAUGACCUAGUGAAAAAACUGAGAGAUUAUCUAUUGGAGGUGUAUGACAUGCAAUAGUGAAUUAGUGAUCCGUGCUAGUGCAUCAUGUAAGUUAUCAGAUUGUAUUAAAAAAAUAUAUUCAUGAUACGAACAUUAUCGUAUAGUACUUUAUGAUGGAUUGAGGAUGAUUUGAGAAGUUGUUGCACCUUUCGUGAUUGGGUUUAAUUUCUUUGUUGUUGCAUAAAAUAAAAUAAAAAAGAAGAAGAUGAAAA